GUGGUCACUACUGUUGUCAGUAGCGACGAAUGCACACGCUUUUUUAAAUAAAAGAAUAUUUAAAAUAAGAAACAGUUGAAAAGUGCAUUUAUAAAUAAAAAAUAAAUGAAAAAACAGUAUUUAAAAUGAGAAAAAAUACGAUUUUAACGUUGUUCCACUUGUCUGUAGCUCUCUUUGACGCAUUUACUCUGUGGUAUGAUCAGAAUUAUGUGACCGUGCCUUUGAACGAUGUGAUGAAGGAAAGGAUUAAACUGGUGCCUCUUAGAGGACGACCGGUUUUUUUAACGAUAUGGUGUUUGGUGAUCCAAACAACGUACUUCACGCUAGCAUUCCUCAACGACGUCUUCGGGACCAACGCAGGCACACCUAAGAAGCCACCAGUCAUUCGAAUUAUUAAGGAUACCCUCUUCUCCCUCGCUCUGCCAUUGGCUCUACUCGUAGGCAUGUGCUUCUGGGGCGUCUACGCGUACGAUAAAGAUGUUAUACUGCCUGAAAACAUCAGAAAAGCACUGCCUACAUGGAUGAACCAUUCAAUGCACACCACUAUAGUUUUCUUCAUAAUUUUAGAGCUGUUCCUGUCUCCUAUAACAUAUCCUACGAAGAUUGUAGGGCUAAGUUUAGGUGUGACAUUCGCCUUGUCCUAUAUAAGUCUUUUAGUAGUCUGCUACAUAAAAGCAGGCACUUUAAUUUACCCGUUUUUGGAUAUGAUGAGUGUUCCUCAAAAAAUAGGGUUUGUUACUAUAAGUACUUUGAUUGGUUUUACUUUUUAUUUCAUAGGGGAGAUGUUGAAUGGCUUUUUGAAUCCGGUAGGCAGGAAAUCUACCGGGAGUGUCAAGGAAAAGUCUAAGAAAGUUACUUGAUUUUGUACCUACAUUUAUAUGAAGACUAAUGAGAAACGAAGAAGCAGAUGUGGUACGUCAGGAUUGUAACAUUUAAGUGGAAUUCUGUGCUUUCUUCUUACUCCAAUACGACCCAGUGGGAAAUACGUGUGAUGUAUGUUAUAAGCAAACUCAAAAAUAUCUCAAACAUAUAUUUUACGACGCCAAACUUUGUAUCAAUACUUAUAAAGGGCUAGUACCAUAGUUGGUACCUAUACCUAUUCUUGUUUUAAAAUUAAAUAAUUGUAGAGUUAUCUAAAUAAAACCAUUGAAAACACUAAUAA